GAUGUCACAUAUAUUACAUAGAGUGUUAUUUCAUGUGAUCAGACAAAUAAACUAACACUAUUUUGUUUUGGUGUAAUGUUGAUAUUUGACCGUUUUAGAUUAUACUAUUUUAUUAAUGCCGUUUUUAGUGUUUUAAAGCCGCCCAUCACGUUGCGUCAUGAACUAAAAUGUCCAAAGGCGCAUGCGUAAAGUUUAAAGCAAAGACCGUUGGUGCCUCCCAUUUUGACAUCAGUGUUCCCUUCGCCUGUUAAAAAAAAUAUAAAAUAAAACUCAUGUCGUUAUGUCUGAAAACGACAGCAGUUUACCUCCUCAAAUUUUCUCUGCUAUCAGAUAUAAAGCUCUCGACUAUGUGUUUGAGACAACCACCAGCUUCAAAGUCAUGAUGAACUUACUGGCACUGCCAACACCUUACUUCACUGGAACUGGUGACCUCUAUCCUCACAGUGGCACCCUGCCUGAAGUCACCUACAGGAUGCCGUGGAUCAGAGGAAAGGUGAUCUCUACCUGCAAACUCUUUGUCAGUGGUUCUGUGCUUGACGAUCUGGGAGGAAAAAAACAAACAGUUCAUUCACCAGAAAGAUUUAGUGUGACUCUGAGUGAGGUGAACAGGGAUGUGGUACCCAGCUCUAAUCCUGACUCACUGACAGAUCUAGACCAGGACGAGGAUGUCUGCAUUUUAAAAGAGUCACAGAUCAAUGAUCCAUGUCAGGAAUCUUUUGUCAAGUGGACAACUGACCAGAUGAAACCUGCAAAUGAGAACAAAGAUCUCCUCCUGCCAGAGGAGCUCAUGGCAGUUGAUUACCUGCCACGUUUGAAGAGACAUUUACCCACAUUGAAAGCUAAACUGUCCAGACUGAGAACGCUUCCUGUGUCCGACCCUCUGCUGAGCUCAAGAGGAGAAACCAUAUCUGAGGAUGCCAUAUUCAGUCUCAGUUCAUCUUAUGAAAAAACUCCUGACAUGUGUGAUGUUCAGACACGUGCAGACCUACAUGAGGAGUUUCUUAAAGAGUCACUCAUGAAGGAAGAGUCUCUGCUGUUACCUGAUGUAGUGGAUACUUUAAAACUGACCACAGAAAACUGCACCACCUUCUCAAGCAUCUGUGGUCAGAUGAAUGUUGCUCCUGAACAGCUAGAUGAGCAGCCUCCAUUGCUGGAUGUGCUUCAUCAAGCUUCCCGUUCAGGUGCAUCAGUAUCAGUGGACAUUUCUGAGUUUGAUUUACCAGAGGAGCCCAGUGAAGAAUGCAAAAUGAAUGAAGACCUGAGAGACUCAGACUCCAUAGGACGUAUGGUGCUUCCAACUGAGAUGGAGCUGGACUUAACUCUGACCCCGACUCCACAGACCAGACACCCACAUCUCUGUCUGUCCACCUCUGAACUGGAGGAGGAAGAAUUUUCACCGGUCUGCAGACAAUCUUUGGUGUCAGCGAGAGCUCACAGAGAGAUGGCGGUGGCACUUUGGAAAGCAGAGAAGCACCCGACCUUUGUGGUGGGUUUUCUGUUGGCAGAGCCUGAAACAUAUGAACCAGCAAUCGACUUCCAGCCUCUGUCUGAAGCUACGAAACUUGUUCGAUCAGAGAAACAAAGCUUUAUCGGUGUUAGCAGGGAACUACAGUCACAGAUGAUGGCUGAAACCCCACAGGUGUAUUUGUGCAGCAGCCAUGAGUUCACAGAGAGCAUGAGGUCUGGGUUUCCCUCCACUGAGGUGGAAAAGAUAGAAGACUUUAAAAAACUGUCACCUGAACAUGAGACAUUCACAGUUGAAUCUAUCCUGAGGAAUCCCAGAAAUGAAACUCAGUCAUAUAACCCGAGGAAACCUGAAACUGCUGUUUUUCAUGCUGAAGCUGCUGCAGAUGACCUCCAUCUCCAAAAAGAAAUCCUCGCCCACACGUCUCAGAAAACCUUCCUGUCGCACACCGGCAACACAACCAAUAAGGAGGAACAAACUGCGACAGUAAUAUUUUCAAAACCUGCUGCUGUCACCGCCAACACCAGAGAUGACAUAUACAAGGUGAGGUUCUCAGAAGUUACAGGUUUGUCUUCUGCUCGUAAGAACGACACAAACAGAGACAACUGGAAGGCCAAGCAGAGCACCCACACUCCUGAGCAGACUGAGUCCUCCACACUGAAGAUCAGAGACAAUCACAGUGGUCUGCUGGUUACCAGACGUCCACCAGAGAAGGACCUCGACCCUCUGUCCACCUUCAUGAUACUGAGAUCUCAGCAGACAGCUCCAGUGACUGCAGCACCUCAGGGCUCAGCCAGGUCUCCAGCACCAAAGGUGGAGCAGAAAACUCCACUAUAUGAACUGCAGCCUCCUCCAGAGCAGAUACAAAGAUCAGACAGAAGACCAGCGUAUAUGAGCGGUGCUGCGUCAGGAAAUGCUACCAGAGAGCAGGAAGCAGUCAGUCAGUCAACAGGUCAACUCCUCAGUCGUCCAGUCAGUCAGUCGGACCCUCAGGAGAGACGGGACAGCAGAGUAAUACAGGUCCAAGCUACAGACAGCCAGCAGCAUGCCUACUCUGAGCUGCUGGCCUUUGCUCAGCCUUGGUUGAACUCUGCCAGACAGCUGGGGCUCAACUUCCCGGUGUGGGGAGACUUCAGAUGCCUGGCCCCCGACCAAACACACUUCCUCCUCAAACAGCAGGAGAAGGCGCUCUGCAGGAUGCGAGCACAGAGCACAGAGUCGGUCAAAGAUCAGGAGCUGCUUUUCCACCAGGCAGCUCUGAUUCAUGUGCUGGUGACGUUCAAGGAGCUGCUGUUGAAGUGCGACCUCAGUACGGCACUCGAGUACCUGAGUAAGGCAGCUGAGGCGUGUUCGGAGCAGUGUCUGGAACAGCUGGUGAAGAGGCUGCAGAUCAUCCUCUUCCUCAGUCACAAGAACCAGGAGUCAAACCACAAGCUGCAGCAGCUACAGCAGCUGCUGGCUGCAUGGAUGCACAGCAGCAAAGAGCAGAACAACAUGGAGAGAAUUCUCGUCAUAACAUCAGUCGACUCUGACGACAGCAGAUCUAUAAUCAUCAACGGUUUGAGGCAAGUGGCUGGUGCAGCUGUAACUGCAGUUUGUCCUGAGGAGAACAAGACCAAACUGAAUGGAGCCAGUGUGGUCAGCAGUGUGUGUGAUAGUGUGUGUGUGGUGGUGUAUGAGCAGCAUAUAGGCCCCGACUUCCCCUGGAACAGUUUCUGUCUGGUGGUGGAGUACGACCAUCCGGGCCAAUCGCCAUGGUCCACGGUCUGCAGAGAGAGGAGCAUCAGUCACCUCGCCUUCAGCACCAGCAUCUCCAACACUGAGAGGGAGGAGGCGUCUUGGUGCCUCGAAGAUAACGUGCCUUAUGUGUUGUUUGUGACCGAGGGGCUACUUAACUGUCCACUCCUGCUACAGACACUUGAGUCUGGGUUUAAUAUGACUGUGCUGGAGAGGAGCCACUGUCCGUCCUUGCAGAUGCUCGGAGGGGCCCAUCACUACACUGUGAUCACAGUGGAUGAAAGCACCGGCAUCAUCAUUCAGGAGCAGGAGGAACUGCAUCAGGAACGAGCCAGUGAGAGAUUGGUGAUGAGGCUGACAGCGCUCUCUCUCCAGUACAGCUGCUGUUGGCUCAUCCUGCACUGCCCAGACAUCCAGGGAGGAGGAUUUUCCAGCGAGGCCUUCGGUAACUUGGUGUUGGUUUAUUCAUCUCUGGUCCUGUUUGGGACAAAGUCCAAGGAUCUAAAUGUCAAGGUGCUGAUAGUGCCAGAUGUGUUGGAAAUUGCCAAGUGGAUCAGUCAGAUCUGUUUCCACAGCCUGAUGUCCAGUGACAGGGAUCCUCUCAGCUACCUGGACAGAGACUGGCUCAUGGUGAUGCCUUCACAGGAGGAAAACUGUCUGUUGCAGUUCCCAUGUAUAAACCCUCUGGUCAGUCAGCUCAUGCUGAGGAGAGCAACGUCCUUCCAGUGGCUCCUGGAGGCCUCUCUGUCUCAGCUGAAAGACCUCCUCCCUGAGGUGCCACAUAAAGUCCUCAAGCUGUUCAGUGACACCACCUCCCUGUACACACGGACUGCAGACCCCAACCAGCCAGAGUCUCAGACAAUCGUCACUGAGACAAAUCAACAAACCUCUCCCCAUCCACUCACCAACCCACAUCCAGAGUUACUCUCUGUCGACCAUAACACCAGCCUCUUGUUUGGGGCUGAGAGUGCAGAGGGCAGCUUCUGUGAACCAGACCCAGUCUCGACGGUGGAGGAUGGAAACACAGAUUUCAGACUUGACCUGAGUUGUUCCUUUGGCAGCCAAGAUGUUUACUUGCAGAGGAGCUGGGCAAGCGGUGAUCCUUGGAGAGAGGAGGUGAAGUCUUCUGGGUGGAGAAGCAGAGCCGGAGCUGCCGGGAGAGUUGUUGGGAGAGUAAACGAUGAGUGGACACUUAGACCUCCGCCAAAUCUCAACAACUACACCAACUACCUACAUACAGCUAAUGACAGUCCUCUCAAACUGGACUCCACGUUCAGGUACAGCCCCGUCCUGCAGCAGCUGCCUGAUGUCACCAGUCAAAUGUGUACAAACUCUUCAGUCUGCAGUGACUUCCAGCAUCCCAGCAGCCGUCAUAUAACCUGCAGUCUGAGCCCUCCGACAGGGGUCACGCUGUGGGGUAGAGGUCAAAGUAGCCGAACAAAAGUUUCACCCAUGUACGGCUCCAAAUGCUGGAUAGGACGAGAGAGGAAGAGGAGUGGAGAGGCUGCAGGCUUGGUUGGAACAGUGUUGACACCACUGAAGAAGGGGAGGCUGAGCUACGAGAGGGUUCCCGGCAGAAGUGACGGACAGACGAGGCUCAAAUUAUUUUAGGGAUGAAUGCUUUGUUCCUAUUUGUAAAGAUGAAUGAGAAAUAAAUGCUUACAGUUUUGUUAAAUUCAAGUUUAAAAGUUUUAGUUCAACUGCAAAACGUUUUCAUUGCAAUCCAAGUUUCCAGUUUUUUAGAUAAAAUUUCUACAUUUUACAAGUUGCUUUUUCUUUUGAAACUAGCUGUGAUGAGGGAAGAAAGAUGGAACAUGAUGGAUGAAACUUAAACUUAAAUUGCAAUAAAGUGCAGAAGCUGCUGACAAAAUAAUUAAAAUUAAAUCUUUACAGUCUGAUGUUUGUAUAUAAAAUACUAAUUUUAUCAUUUUAAUAUUUUAAAAUGUUUUGUUUCAUAAAGUAGUGUUUUACUACUAUUACUUGUCUUAAGUUUGUGAUUUUCACAGCACAAAUGUUCUUAUUUGUGAUUUAUUAAAUCAUAAAAUACCUGUUUAGUAUUUUACUGAUUAUUUAAGUGUCCUGCAGCCUGUAACUUCUCUUGGUUUAAACAAAUAUUGAAUGACAAUAUGAUAGCUGUCAUUUAAAAAAUGUCUUGAUAGGAGGCAUUGCAAUUGUUGGAAAUACUGCACUUAAAAGACCUUAUAGUAGUUAACAAAUACACUAUAAUGUGUUAUAAAACUAGUUAUUACAUGUUUAUAUACUGCUUCCAAGUAAUAUA